GUGUGAUUUAGAGUUGCGAUGGAGCCUAUAGCUAGUGGAUUGGAUUGAAACUAGAUUUUUUGAAGCUGUUUGUAAUGGAAGACUGCUGUCAAAAACGGUUUCAUUAAACCCAGGAAAACCCCAUCGCAACAUUCUUCAAAAAAUCUAUCACUCGAAUGGAUAGGAGUCGCCAUGGAUGAACUGAGAAGAAAGCUUGAACUGCUCGAGGAGCAAGACAAGGUAUGGCGGGCUCAACAGAACGAAAUCGAGAAGAGAAUCCAGCUGGAUUAUGAGCGUAAACUGAAGAAACUGGACGAAGACUACGAGAGAGCUGUAGAAGAAAUUGAUUUGAAAUUUAACGCACGUAAGAAAGCAAUAAUAUUGAAUUACUGCGGGCAAAGCAUGUAUGAAAAAUCCGUGGACGAAGAAGAACAAAUGUGCAGCGACAAAACAAAAUCACACGCUGGAAACGAUGGAGCAGUUUGCUUAGGUGCCGCAGUUUCCCACCAAACUGCUACCCAUCAAACGCAAACGUACGUAUCGAAAGACAAAAGCAUUGAAAUUGAACCGAUAGAUCAAGCGCUGCAAAGCACCAGCUAUGAAGCAGCGACAGUCGUGCACCAUCCUGAUCACCGAACAAACUUGAUUGAAUACAUCGGUUUCAAUACCAUCGCAGAGGAUAGAGGCGGAAAAGAAUUAGUUCACACAGGAGCUAGGAACGAUUUUGCGUGCAAUCGUUUUGUGGAAAUAAUAGUUUUUGAUCCAGGUGGAAUAAUGCAAAAUAGAUCAGUUUUGUUACUAGUUUCACGGGUGGGAGUGUUGAGAGGAGUUUUAUAAAUUCUGUGAAACUGGCAACACUGUUGAAUUCUCAUAUGUGUAUGCUUACAU